ACACAGUCCAGACACUUGGAGCUGAACUUAAUCUUCAAGUCCGUAUUCAGCAACUUAGCAACAGAAAUCAGUCACUGAGAAAUAUCGCGGAGGACUUUUGCCACCCAGCCACCACAACUACAACCUCCAUCCACUUAAAAGAUAGAGAAGAGAAAACUCUCAAACAUGAUUUGCUUGUGGUUCCUAUCUCUUCUUGCUUAUGGACUUACAAUACUGCAGGGGGUGAAUUGUUGGACAUACCAUUAUUCAGACACAAACAUGACCUACAGGGAAGCAGAGCUGUGGUGCAAAAAGAGGUAUACUAACAUGGUUGCCAUUCAGAAUAAGGAUGAAAUCAACUAUCUCAAUAACUUCUUACCCUUCAAUCCGGGUUACUACUGGAUUGGAAUCAGAAAAAUUAAUGAGGUAUGGACCUGGAUUGGAACUAACAAAGAACUAACAGAAGAGGCAGAAAACUGGGCUUCAGGUGAGCCAAAUGGCAAAGGGAACAAUGAAGACUGUGUUGAAAUCUACAUCAAAAGAGGGAAGGAUGAUGGCAAAUGGAAUGAUGAACAGUGUGAAAAAAAGAAGGUCGCCUUGUGCUACACAGCUUCUUGCAAGCCAUCUCUCUGCAGUAGCCGUGGAGAAUGCAUAGAGACUAUUAACAAUCACACUUGCCAUUGUAACCCUGGAUUCUAUGGGCCUGAAUGCGAGUUUGUUGAGAGUUGUGAUCCACUAAAGAAACCUGAUCAUGGGAGCCUCCAGUGCAACCAUCCAUUGGAGAACUUCAGCUACAACUCAUCCUGCACAGUUCAGUGUGAGGAAGGCUAUGAACUGACUGCAUUGGAAUCUGUAUACUGUACCUCUUCUGGGGUCUGGUCUGCCCCCCUUGCAGCAUGCAAAGCUGUGACCUGUCCUGCCUUAGAAAUGCCUGCUCAUGGUGCUGUGAACUGCUCCCAUCCCUCUGUGGAGCUCACCUGGGGUACCACCUGUGAGUUCACCUGUGAGGAAGGAUUUGCCCUGACAGGACCAGCCACACUGCAGUGUGGGUCUUCUGGGGCCUGGGACAGGCAGCAGCCAUCCUGUGCAGCUGUGAGAUGUGAGGCUGUAACCUGGCCAGAAGAAGGCUUUGUGACCUGUGACCACGCUCCUGCAGAUCUCACCUAUCGCUCGCGUUGUGAGUUCCACUGCAGCGAGGGCUACGUUCUGGAUGGCCCAUUCAGUAUUGAGUGCACGGCACAGGGACAGUGGUCAGAGCCAGUGCCAAAAUGCAAAGCUGUGACCUGUCCUGCCUUAGAAAUGCCUGCUCAUGGUGCUGUGAACUGCUCCCAUCCCUCUGUGGAGCUCACCUGGGGUACCACCUGUGAGUUCACCUGUGAGGAAGGAUUUGCCCUGACAGGACCAGCCACACUGCAGUGUGGGUCUUCUGGGGCCUGGGACAGGCAGCAGCCAUCCUGUGCAGCUGUGAGAUGUGAGGCUGUAACCUGGCCAGAAGAAGGCUUUGUGACCUGUGACCACGCUCCUGCAGAUCUCACCUAUCGCUCGCGUUGUGAGUUCCACUGCAGCGAGGGCUACGUUCUGGAUGGCCCAUUCAGUAUUGAGUGCACGGCACAGGGACAGUGGUCAGAGCCAGUGCCAAAAUGCAAAGUUGUACAGUGUGAACCACUGAGCUCUCCUGAGAAAGGCUCUAUGGAUUGCUCACAUGGUGCUGGGAACUUCACGUACAACACAGCCUGCCACUUCAGCUGUCUAGAAGGACGGAGGCUCAAUGGUUCUCAUGUUCUUGAGUGCAAUCAUUCAGGAAACUGGAGUGCCAGUCUGCCCACAUGUGAAGCUUCUGAACAAGUCAGCUAUGUCUCUGUGGGCAUUGCAGCCACAAGUGCCUCUCUGUUGUCCAUGGCAUCAUUCCUCCUUUGGCUUGCAAGACGUUUCCGAAGAAAAGCAAAGAAAUUUACUCCUUCCAGUAGCUGCCAAAGCCUAACCACUGAAGGUAGUUUCCAAAGUGCUGGCCAGAAUGUCUAACUCUGGGUGUUUCAGGAAUUGAAGCCUUCUUUACUUAUGUCUCAGAGAUUUCUGGAGAAUGAAACUGCAUGCAAAUCAGCAGCUGUCCAGAUGUUUUUACCUCUUGCUGACAAGAUGAUUGACCUUGUGUAUUGUUCAGAAAUUUUGAAUUCAAGCUGUCUGGUAUUUCCAUUGAAGACAAGCACAGAGUAAAACUCUGGCCUUCUGGCAAAAUACUGUCUAUAUUCAGUCAUGUAGUUAUCAUAACUGGGAGCUUGCCAUCUCUUGUCCAGAUGGUGAGCAAAUAGUAAGCUGCUGCCUAAAGAGGAGGCUGGUUUCUCCUCUGGUCUACUCAAAGGUACCUAGGUGAGGUGAAGACAUGCGUUAUUUCACAUCACUUACUACACUGCUGGAGAUGUCUUCUCUGGAGUCGUAUGGGUUAUACUUGCAGAACAGAGUAAUUGGGAUGAAAAAAUAUUCAUUGAAUAGCUUUGAAACCAUUGAUCUGGUUUGUUGUCGAAGUCAGUUUAUUUUAAGAGGAUGUCCUAGUCCAUAAAUAUGCCUGUAAUGAUAUGGGCCAUUAUUUGGGUUUCUGCUGCAUGUCCCAGAAAGCUUAGGGACUUUAAACUUUUUUUUCCUUUUUUUUUUUUUUUUUUUUUUGUAAUAGCACUAGGAAUUGUAGUGCAUAUACUAGGUACUCUGGUUUCUGAAUGCAGCAAGUAGAUCUGAAAUGAUCUUAUCCCUGUGGGAUUAUGCACUGUAAUACAGGUGUAUACAUAAAUAUUUAAUUGUGCAAUUUUUACUGUGGAUAUUUCUGUGCUAUUAACUGUAAAUGUAUUGUAAAAUACUUGUUCCUGAGUAGGUCUGUGGCCAUUGAUCUGGGCCCAGGUAAUUUUAAAAUAAUUCAGAGGUGUUUGUAAGGAUUUCAUGCCUGCAUAUGAUUUACAAAUAAAAUGGAAGCCUGAGAUUUGUGUAUAUAUAUUGCAAGUAUGAUUUAUUAUGCUGUUAAAGGACUUCAAAUGAGAAAGUCUUUCUUAAGUUAUGUUUAAGUUAUAAUCAUAAAUUAAAAAUCUCUGACAUAGAAUCUG